AUGGAUCGCUAUACGAGGCCGCAGCUGUGCCUCUUAAUUGUGGCUUCUUAUUGGCAUCAUAACAUAUUCGUUGCUGAUCAACCCGACGCCGCACUCUCAGUCCCGCAGAACAAAGGCCGGGAAGGCAUGACCUACCUGACUUACAUCAUUGACAAUUAUUCGUCCCUUCCAGAUAUCGCAAUCUUCUUGCACGCUGAGCGCUAUCAAUGGCACAACGAUGAUCCGCUCUACGAUGGUGCACGCACAUUGUCAAGGCUGCAGCUAACUUACAUCCUUGAGCAAGGUUAUGUCAAUCUUCGCUGCGCGUGGACACUCGGAUGUCCUCACGAGAUACAUCCUUUGGACCACCCUGCCGAUGAGAUCACUAGUGAGACUCAUGCCGACCAGGUGUAUGCUGCUGCGUUCAAAGAGCUAUUCCCUGAUGCACCCAUCCCGGAGAGCAUUGGUGUGAGCUGCUGUGCUCAAUUCGCCGUUUCAAAAGCGACUAUCUUGCAGCGACCCAGAGAGGAAUAUGAGAGAUACAGACGUUGGUUGCUCGAGACUGACUUGGAAGAUGGCCAUAGCGGGCGAGUUCUGGAGUACUCAUGGCACAUCAUAUUUGGUAAAGAAGCUGUCUUUUGUCCGAAUGCAGAGAUCUGCUACUGCAAGGUGUUUGGACUCUGCGACUUGCAGUGCAAGGAUGAAGGUCAUUGCCGAGAGCAGUAUACAUUGCCUCCGUUUUCUACUCUUCCAGAAGGCUGGCCUUGGUCUGGAUGGGAUGGCGCAUGGCAGAAUGCUACCGUCAUGUGA